AUGGAAAAAGGAAGGGAAAUACAACCACAUCACCAAAUUCAUGUCAUAGUUGACAAUCGCCAAGCAGACUUCAAAGCCUCACCUAUCCAGCUUGAUGGUAAACUUUUUGGUCAUGCAGUUUCCAUUCUUAUAAAUACAAGUGCUACUGAAUGUUUUGUGGAUCCUAGAGUUGUAUCUAAGUUAAAUGUUAAGCCUGGUUAUGUGUCUAAACCUUGGAAUGUUCAAUAUGGGAACCAGGCAGAGCGGAUGGUAGACCAAUGUUUGGCAUGCAGUGAAUUACUACUUCCCAACUUCCUCACUGAAGUAAAUCUUUAUGUAGCUCCAUUAGGAAGUUAUGAUGUCAUCUUAGGAAUCAAUUGGUUGACCGAGCAUAAGGCUAUAGUAAAUUGUGAGGAUAAACUUGUGGAGUGUUCUGAUGACUUAGGCAAUCAAGUAAAGAUACAAGGGGAUACGAAUCCUUUGCAACUUAGACAAAUUUCUGCAAUGCAACUUAAGCAGGCCGAAAGGAAAGGUUGUGAAAUUUACUCAAUGCAUAUUAAGGAUCUAAGGGAGGAUAACACAGGACUUGAUACACACCCUAUCAUUCGAGAGUUCCAAGAUGUAUUCCCAGAGGAAUUGCCAGGAAUGCCACCUAAGAGGGAGUUUGAUUUUACUAUUGACUUGCACCCAGGGACAAAACCCCAAUCUAAGGCACCUUACAGGAUGGCAACCAUGGAGUUAUAUGAGCUAAAGGUGCAGUUGUAG